UGGCGGGUCUGGCUGUAGGUCUGGAAGGGGUGCUGAGUAGGCCGAGAUUCGACAUUCCUGCCAUCUCCUGGGCACUGGAUUCUCCUUUGAAGUUCCCUAUCACAACUGUUCUCUUGACAGCAUGGAUGGGGAGGAAGAUGAUUUGUCUCUGCUGACUGCAUUGCUGGAGGAGAAUGAGUCAGCCCUGGACUGUAAUUCAGAAGAGAGUCACCGCUUGACCCAGGAAGAUCGUGAACCUGAUGCAUUUGAUGAGCUCUUUGAUGCAGAUGAUGACGGUGAAUCUUACUCAGAGGAGCCUGCUGAUGGAGAAGUGGGAGAGACUGAGGACCGAAAGGAAAAUCUGGCCACUCUCUUUGGAGAUAUGGGGGACUUAACAGAUGAAGAAGAAGUUCCCACACUGCAGUCAACUAAAAACAGUGUCCCCACUGCUCCUGCUCCCAGUCAAGGGAAAAGUAAUCAAGAGUUGCAAGAUGAAUUAAAGAAGUUGCAAGAGCAGAUGAAAUCCUUACAAGAACAGCUAAAAAUAGCAACAAUUACACAGCCUGCAAGUCCAGCCCUUCUGCAUAAAUCUCCUGCUAAGUCCCCACGUCCCCCUCUAAAGGAGAAGAAAGUUCAGAGAAUUCAGGAGUCAACAUGCUUCGCUGCAGAGCUUGAUGUCCCUGCUCUACCGAAAACCAAGCGGGUGGCUCGGACUCCGAAGGUUUCACCUGCAGAGCCCAAAAGUUCGUCUUCAGGGAUGACAAGUACACUUUCCCAACCACUCCGAACUACUCCUGGAAACAAACCUAGCGGGUUGACCAGAGAUCACAGCGCAGGGACCCCCAGGAGUUCUGGAGAACCGCAGACCGUGAUCUCUGUGGAAGCCUUCUCGGGCCUGAGACUCAGGCGGCCUCGAGUGUCCUCCACAGAGAUGAACAAGAAAAUGAUUGGCCGAAAACUGAUCAGACUUUCUCAGCUCAAGGAAAAGAUGGCAAGUGAGAAGCUGGAAGAAAUAGACUGGGUGACUUUUGGGGUUAUAUUGAAGAAAAUCACUCCACAGAGUUGUAAUAGUGGGAAAACAUUUAGUAUCUGGCGACUGAAUGAUCUCCGUGACCUGACGCGGUACGUGUCGUUGUUCUUGUUUGGAGAAGUUCACAAACAACUCUGGAAGACUGAACAGGGUACUGUCAUAGGGUUGCUCAACGCGAACCCCAUGAAGCCCAGGGAUGGUUCUGAGGAGGUGUGUUUGUCUGUUGAUCAUCCUCAGAAGAUCUUAAUCAUGGGUGAAGCUCUUGACCUGGGAACCUGUAAAGCAAAGAAGAAGAAUGGACAGCCGUGUACACAGACUGUUAAUUUGAACGACUGUGAGUACUGCCAGUACCACAUCCAGACCCAGUACAAGAAGCUCAGUGCCAGGCGAGCUGAACUGCAGUCAACCUUCUCCGGAGGACGAAUUCCAAAGAAGUUUGCCCGCAAAGGCACCGGCCUGAGAGAACGGCUGUGUCAGGAUGGUUUUUACUAUGGAGGAGUUUCUUCUGCGUCGUACGCGGCCUCCGUUGCAGCUGCUGUUGCUCCUAAAAAGAAGAUUCAAACCACUCUGACUAAUAUGGUCGUCAAGGGGACAGACUUGAUCAUUCAGGAGGCCCAACAAAAGCUUGGAAUACAUCAGAAAACCUUGUCUUGCUCUGAGGAAUUCAGGGAACUGAUGGACUUGCCUACAUUUGGAGCCAGAAACUUGAAACAACAUUUAGCCAAAGCCAGGUCAUCAGGGCUGACAGGGAGCCUGAAACCCGCUUUCCAGUCUGUCUCGGCGUCAGCCCUCUUGAAGCAGCAGAAACAGCACAUGCUGGAGAUGAGGAAAAAGAGAUCAGAAGAAAUACAGAAACGAUUUCUCCAAAGCUCAAGUGGGGUCGAAAGCCUGGCUGUGCCACCCUCUUCUCAACGGGCCCCUUCUCGGUCUCCACAAAUGGGGGCUGAGUUCCCCAGCCUGGAAGGAACACCAGCCACACCGAUGCCCAAGCUUGGACGAGGCAUCUCAGAAGGAGAUGAUGUUCUAUUUUUUGAUGAGUCCCCGCCACCAAGACCAAAACUGAGUGCUUUAGCAGAAGCCAAAAAGUUAGCUGCUAUAACCAAAUUAAGGGCAAAAGGUCAGAUUCUUACAAAAACAGAUCCAAACGGCAUUAAAAAGAAGCAGAAGGACCCCCAGGAUGUCCUGGAAGUGAAGGAACGUGUAGAAAAGAACAACACGUUUUCUCCUCAAGCUGAAGAUGAAUUGGAGCCUGCCAGGAAAAAAAGAAGAGAACAACUUGCCUACCUGGAAUCUGACGAAUUUCAGAAAAUUCUAAAAGCAAAGUCGAAGCACACAGGGGUUCUAAGAGAGGCAGAGGCUGAGCUGCAGGAACGCUAUUUUGAGCCACUGGUGAAAAAAGAACAAAUGGAAGAAAAGAUGAGAAGCAUCAGAGAAGUGAAAUGUCGAGUAGUAACAUGCAAGACGUGUGCCUACACCCACUUCAAGCCUUUGGAGACCUGCGUCAGUGAGCAGCACGACUAUCACUGGCAUGACGGCCUGAAGAGGUUUUUCAAGUGUCCCUGUGGAAACAGAAGCAUCUCCCUUGACAGGCUCCCCAAAAAGCACUGCAGUAAUUGUGGCCUCUUCAAAUGGGAACGAGAUGGAAUGCUAAAGGAAAAAACAGGCCCAAAGAUAGGAGGCGAAACCCUGUUACCAAGAGGAGAAGAACAUGCCAAAUUUCUGAAUAGCCUUAAAUAGCCCUAACUUCAAACAGACCCAGCUCAGCUGUCUAUAUGAGCCGCUUCAACACCCGCCUGUCGUCGCUCCCCUGAAUUCCUCCCAGCCUGUGACCAGCCCAUCAUCUAGCACCUUCACAGAGACUACAGACACUUCCUCUUUGUUCCAUGCUGGUAUCGUGGCUCUCCAGCCAAGAAGUGCCUGGAGGGCAGGGUCUGGCAUAUCUGUGCAGGGACAGGGGUAUUAUUGAUAACCUGGGCCUGGAGUUGUUCAAUUCUCUGAACAAAGACUCUCUCUCUCUCUCUCUCUCUUUCUCUCUCUCUCUCUCUCUGGAUAUGAAACACAGAGCAGCUUUCUGGUCUCAGCAUGGGCUAUCUAGGAAAACGGAAGGGAAAGGAUACAUUGGCAAGGCCCGUGGAAGAACAUACAAGUGAGGUCUGUGGGAUACGAAGCAUGAGCCAAGCUGCUCAGGGUCCCUGUCUGUCCAGGAAUCUGGUGAAUGUAUGGCUUAUAUUCUGAGUUCUCCACAAUUCUGGGCGGCUCGGCAUGGCUUAAGGCAGACCCAGGGAGAAAAGGAACUGAGUCACCUCAGGAAGCCCACGCAGGGGCGAACCGUGCCAGAAGGAAACAGGCACACAGGCCCCAGUCUUGCCAUCCUCGUGGGGAUGGCUUUGAAGCAAGCCUCUAUGGGUGCUCUGCUAGGCUAAGCCAUAUAUGACAGGCCUGGGAAACCAAAAGGACUGGAAAAGGACAGAGAAGAACCCUGGCCUUCUUCCUCCUAGUAAACGUCAAAAUGUAUCUUACUUGGAAAAAGAAAGCAUUGUCCUAUGUGAUGUCCCAGUUCCACCCCAGCCCUGGGGAAUGUAUUAGGAUGUAGCUUCCCUAAAGUUUGGAAAACACUAGCACUACAAGAUGCAAGGAUCCCAGGGUCAAAUAAGUUUGGGAACUACUAGACUAUCUCCCUCCUCUCUACCAGAUUCACAAUGCAGGAGCAUAUUAAAGGCUCUGACAAGUCCUACAGCUGGAAAACUGCCGCAUCCCUCCAAACUUAAUCGACCAUAUCAUCUUUAUUCAUGGAGCACCUGUUAACAUCC